GGAGGUCUAUGCGACAAUGAUGCCUUGCUCUGGAUCGCCUAGCUGUUAGCCCACGCCCGACUUCGAUAUCAGCAGUCGAGUAGCAUCACGACAACGGCAUCCAGCCUGUCUCUGAGACUGAAAAGCUCGAUGAUGGGUUUACUUUCUGGCUAAAUCGAAUUCACACAAAUCCCACCACUCCAAGCAACCAUGUCCGAUAUUGAAGCGCUCUCCUCCGCCCAGGCGGUCUCGGAGGUCCGCUCUCCGGGCUUUGAAAAUGCCUCCGAAGGCAGCAAUAAGUUUCAGCAUGCGAUAUCUGCGUGGAGAACUAUCGACUAUACCACCCUCACCUCGAACCUCGACAAUACAGCCUCCGAGAUCGUCUCUUACCAGCGAGACUCUACCGUUCAACGGAAGGACCUGGCUCAGAAGACAAAAGCAUUCCGCAAGCUUGACGAUGACUCCAAGUUGGCGGAAGUUAAGGGUCUCCUCAAAGCGUACCAGACAUUUAUCGAUCUACUGACGAACCACUCCAAAUCCGUCAACUCUGCUUUUCUCAAGGUCUAUACAUCGUUGUCAGAAGCGCCCGACCCGUAUCCACUACUAGAAGCUUCCGUCGACUCUAUGUUAGCUUCGGAAGAUGCGAUGCCGAAGUUGGCCAUGGAAAACGAGAGGCUGCAACAAUAUGUCAACAAACUAACUACCCAGCUUGAAAAUACAGAGAAUCGACUGCAAAUGGAAAUUCUAGCCCGAAACGAGUUGCAAAACGCCUUGGAGAAGGAAGUUAAGGAUGUCGAGACAUCCUGGAUCGCCGUCUUGGAUGAAAAAGAAGACAACUGGGCAACACGAGAGAAGGCUCUCGAAGAGAGAGUAGAGAAUCAAGAGCGACUUCUUAGCGAGGUCAAGGCUAGCUAUGAAGUGAAUCAGCGCCUUGGCAUGUCCAACGAUGACGAUCAACAGAACCAGCACGGCCAUAUUGCUGUUGCCGAGGUUGAGAUGCUUCACGCUGACUUGGAGCGUACUAGCGCGAGGCUUGCCGAGAUGGAAGCUCGGAACGAGCAACUACGUCUUGAUCUCGCCCAGGCGAAGUCCCACGUCUCCGCGCGGACUACCAGCUUGGAAGAUGAUCCAGCUUACGUACGUAUGCGGUCCGAGAACUACUCGUUGAUCCGAAAACUUGAUGCCUCCCGGUUAGAGAAAGAGGGACUGAAACGCGGGCUUGAUAUGCGGCUGCGGAUGCUGGAGAGAGAGGCCGCGCUGCUCAAGGAGGAGAGGGAUGGACUUAAAGCGAAGGUGCAGAACUGGAGCGACUACAACGAGCUGAAGCAGGAAUUGGAUGUUCUUAAGAGUAUCGAGUUCGCUGCAGACGAUGACGGCGACUUACCAGCUGGAAAGGAUGAUGCCGAACAGGUCGCCAAGCCUGGGGCGGAAUCGUUGGAGAAGCUUCUUCUGGCGCGCAACAAAAAGUUGGGCGAUGAACUGACAGUUCUACGUGUUUCUCACCAAGACCUCCAGGUCAGGGUUGAAGAGCUUCAGGAACUUCUGUCGCAGACGAAUGCUGACUUGGAACGAGCACAACUUCUUAAUUCAAAACUGGAGAACGAUUUGUCGAACGUUCAGUAUGAGUUUGCCAAUGCAUUCCCGUCUGGCGCAUCAGUGGCAAUGAGCCGCCACGCGCCCUCGGGUGCGCUGGGAAAGAAAGGUGCCAGGAUAUCGCCCACGUCUUCGAUUAUUAGCGGCAUUGAUCCCCAUGCCUUGGGUGGAGAGCCCGUGGCUAGCGGCCACGGAAUUCUUCCCAUGGUCACUGCUCAGCGUGACCGCUUUAAGAAGAAGAAUGCACAACUGGAGAGGGAAUUGUCCGACUGCCAUCGCACGGUGUUUCAGCUGAGACAGGAAGUCGCUGCGCUUCAAAAGGAUAACUUGAAUCUUUAUGAGAAGACAAGGUACAUGUCGACGUACAACAGGAGCGGCCUAUCAGCUUCGUCGUCGUCCGCGGCAUUCGGGUUAAAUCCAAAUCCCUCAACCGUGCCGAUCGGUGUCUCGACCAAUUCAGGCAUAGCGAUGGAGAGGUACCAAAAGGCAUAUGAGUCGAACAUCUCUCCAUUCGUUCAGUUCCGUGGUCGCGAAUCCGCGAGGGCAUACAAACGAUUGAGCUUGCCGGAACGAGUCGUGUAUACCAUGACGCGAAUGGUGCUUGCGUCCCGUACGAGUCGGAACUUGUUCGCAGCAUAUUGCUUAGUUUUGCAUAUGUUGGUCUUCAUAUCCAUGUACUGGCUGGCUUCCGUGGAUGUCACGCAUCAUAUCAGCAGUGUGGGCGCAGCAGCAUCGGGAGCUGUAAGCAACGGUGGCGCCAGGACCAUGGAAGAUCAAGACACCAAAUGAGUCCAAUGUUUUUAUAAGGGAGUGUAUCAAUAGGAGGCACGUUUGGAUAUCCAGCAGGUGAAAUAUGCAAAUGUAGAGGCAGGUUCUUUUAUAUAUUGUUAGAACACAAAUACAGGUACGGAAUUAUAUUGUCGUAUGGGCACAGACUACCUAUGCCUGGCAGACUAUGCCUGACUAAGGACUUCGGACCUCGGGGACCUCGGGUAUUAGGACAUAAUAAGGGUG